AGAAAAUACGUUUUAGACACGUGAAAGCAAUGCGUGAACUGGAAGAGGUAGACGUUUCCAUAAAGCACAAAUCUAGGAUCAGUGUACCCUGUCCAUAUCCACCUUGAUGAGCAAGAGGCAUACGAGUAGAUCACAGAACAUUCAAUCGAGCAAAAAAUGGCGGAUGACAAGGAUCCCUUCAAACAGAUGAAGGAUCUCAACCAGCUCAAGAAUCAGCUGGAAGACAUCCAGAAACGUGUGGAGAGUGAAUUUGCAGAAGGAAUCCCGAAGGGGGGCUCUGUGCUGGCAUCUCCCUUCCUGAAGGGCUUCCUGGCUGGCUAUAUGGUGGCCAAGCUCCGCUCCUCAGCUCUCAUAGGAGUGCUACUGGGAACAUUCACAGGCAUCUACGCUGCACAGAACUAUCAGGUUCCCAACAUCGAAAGCACCCUGAAAGACUAUAUGAGUUUAUUUAGAAAAGGACCCAAGUAAUGGGAAGAACCAAGGCCUAUGCUUCAUCUUCUAACUGCCUGAGGUGUGUGGCACAAUCACCAUGUCUCUUUGUCAGAGGCUCAAAUCUCUCCUUUGUAUACUGUAAAAAAAAUAUAUUUGGUUUUAACUGGAUUUUGGUGUGAAAGAGUGGGUUUGCUUUGGGUUUUGUGCAAAUGUCAGUGCCCUGGGAAAAUAUAUUUUAUUCUCUGCUGAUCAGAUUAUAAAGUGUGUAAAAGGGAUAAGGUUAUGUGCCUUGAGUGUUAGCUUACAUUGCAGGGGUGUUUGACUGCUUGCCUUAGUAACAUUGCCUGGUGCAGCCAUCUAGGUCUAAUUGAUUUUGAAUCAAUGAUGUGAACAACAAGACUGUCCUUUUUUUAAGGAGUGUUAGUGACAUGCCGUACUGAGAAUGAGUGUGAUCCAGAACAUGGGGUCUGGGUUCCUGUUGCAGCAGGUGGUGGAUGAAGGUGAGUCUUCCUGGCCACUCUGCUCCUGACUGGGUACCUGUCUGCCCUGCACAUCUCCCUGUCUCUAGGCUGAGGACCAGGUGAGUCCCAGCCUUCACAUCACAGCCUGAGGCCUUGUGCUGGUCUACUAUUUCAUCUCAGGGCUAGUAGCUGUCUACACAGAGCGGUUGCUGAAGAGCCAGCGACUACCCCUGUACCUGCAUGUGUUUGGAGUGGCCAUCAACUGGGUUUCCCACCUCUCCAGCAUGGGGGGGGGGGGGGGGAACAGUGUUUCCUGGAGGAUUACUCAGGGGUGGUGUGGGCCAUUGUGGCAGGGCAUGCAGCUAACGGGUUGCUGAUAUCAGUACUGCUGAACGAUGGUAGUGGCAUCCCCAGGCUAUUUGUCAUCUUCUGGUCUAUGCUGGUCAACACCCUCCUAUCCUGGGUUCUACUGGGCCGGCAGUUCACCCCCUUCUUUCUGUUACCCAUGUCUAUGAUCAGCCUGGAAGCCUAGCUGUACUACAGGUAGCAGGACUCUGCCUGAACAUACCUGUGUUAUGGACAGUGGACCUCUGCUGAACUCCCAUUCCACUGCUCCACCACAAUCUCUAUCUCUGGCAGCAUUAUUUACCAGAUGAUGCAUUGACAUUGCUUGACAUUCAGGUUGGAAUGUUUUUUUUACGAUGCAUGCAUUUAUAUAUAUAUAUAUAUAUAUAAUUUUACUUUAGUGACUCAGUAUUUUUCAUUUAAUGUCCCAAAUAGUUUAUUUUGUUAUUUGAAGAUUAAAAUUAUGCAAUAGAAGCUGUACUUUAGGUGAGUCUUGCAGACCCUUCCAUCACAUUGUUACUGGUUUAUUUGCUACCCAUAAUGCACACUGCCUAUUUUUCAACUAGCCUUUGUUUUCCAGUUUAAUCGAAUUCUGCCGUAUUAAUACUUGUCUUUUCUUCAAUAUAUCAUUGGUGCACUCAUAAAUAGUUGUGUUUGGGUAAUACGUCUACAUUACACAACACUUGAGUGGUGCUAUGAUUGUCAGUAUGGGUAUUUACCUAGCAUUUAUAAUUUCCUGUGCCAAGUAAAAUGUCAAAGAUACAAUAUGGUGCAGAAAGUGUUAAUGAAAUAUUAAAUUUUAUUUAUUGUGUUUUCUAUUUAAAAUAAAAUGCCAUUGUUGCUUGGA